AGUAUCAACGUGCAAGUGAGAUCCAUUUAUUUUCGUUCAUUCUUUUGGUUCCAUGUUUCUUGAACGCUUUGUUUAUAAUCAACUACAUACUUACCAUCAACUCUUCUCCUUUGUCCUCGACUCACUCGACAUUCACUCAUUCAUCCCCUUCAUUUUCUCCUUGGACAUCAUCCCAGCGCUAGCCCCCUUAGCAUUGACAUCAUGCUCAAAGCCCACGACGCCGGCUACCUCAACAUACGACUCGAACGAAGAGCACGAACCCUCCUCUGGCUCGCCAUCCUGAGCUCCCUCGCGGCAAUCUUCUGCUUCCGCCAUCUCCUCUACACCUCCGGGACACUGCUCGCCCUCCCCGCCAGCUGGGCCGCCGACCACGAAACUUUCAUCCUCUCCGAGCAGCGGGAUGCCUUCGACGUCACCUUUGCCAACUACAGCAUAAACCAGCUCUCGGCCGCCCCCUACGAGGACCUGGUGCCCCCCGUGCUGCACCACAUCGCCCUCGGCAGCCAUGGCACGCAUUGGAGGACGGAGUGGAAGGAGACGGUGCAGAGCUGCAUCGACAUCCACCCCGGCUGGGAAACGCACAUCUGGACCGACGAGACGGCCUCGCGGUUCGUCGAGGACAAGUUCCCCGACCUCAAGCCCAUGUGGGACAACUACGCGUAUCCCGUCGAACGCAUCGAUGCCCUCCGCUACAUGCUCCUCUACGAAUACGGCGGCGUCGUGCUGGACAUGGACCUCAAGUGCACGCGGGCCCUGGGCCCCCUCCGCCGCUUCAGCUUCGUCGCCCCUGAAGCCUAUCCGGCAGGCUUCUCCAUCGGCUUCAUGAUGGCCAGCAGGCGCAACGACUUUGUCGGCGCCCUCGUCGGCAACCUGGAGACGUACAACAAGCGCUGGCUGGGGCUGCCGUACGCGACCGUCAUGUUCAGCACGGGCUGCCACUACGCCUCGGUGGUGCAUGCCGCGCAGCCGCAGCCUGGCCGGGGCGAGCUCAAGAUCCUGCCGGGGCCGAUGCACAGCCUUAACGGGCGUGUGAAGACGCCGAUAUUCGAGCAUCUGGGGAGCUCGUCGUGGCACUCGUACGAUGCGAGGUUCAUCAUGUCGCUUGGACGGAGGCUGCACCAGAUUGUGUUUUUCUGCCGUAGCACGGAUUUCGCGAGGUCAGGCCCCCAAGGUCUCCCGCGACUGGAGUUUCACAUCUUCUAG